AUAUUGGCAUGAUGGAUAUUUUAUGUCGCAAAAGUACCUUUAGUCUUUGCCGGACGUUGUUUAUUUGUAAGAAACGCACAUGACUACAAUGGCGGACGAAGAUGAUAAUAUUGGAUAUGAUGACGGAGAUGAUGCUGAAGAAGAUGAUUUUGAAGAACCCGAUAACGACCAGCCAGAUGACUUGCCAGAAGUAGAUAUUCUUCCAUCUACAGAAGCUUCUCAACAACAAAAGAAGAGGGUAACAACACCUUAUAUGACAAAGUAUGAAAGAGCCAGGGUUUUAGGAACCAGAGCAUUACAAAUAAGCAUGAAUGCACCAGUAAUGGUAGAGUUAGAGGGAGAAACAGAUCCUUUACAAAUAGCAAUGAAAGAAUUAAAGGUUAGAAAGAUUCCCAUUAUUAUUCGUCGUUUUCUUCCCGAUGGAAGCUAUGAGGACUGGGCUAUCGAUGAACUUAUUAUUGACUAAUUUUUUUUCUUAUUUGGUGAUGUCGAUUUAUUGUCAAUGUGACUUUGGUGUCCCUGAUGCUCGAUGAUGUCCCUGAACAUGCGACAUUGAUGUCCCUGAACAUUUUGUCUAGCUUAUUUUAUAGGUUAACAAAAAUGAGUUUAUUGUAAAAUGAAAAAUAAGAACUCUAUAUUAUUUAUUGUC